AUGCGGCAUGAAAGCAUGGUUUUCACUUUACUCACUCGUUUUGGGAUUUUCGCUUUGUGUUUUGUGAGACUCACUUCAACAGAAAUAGCGUUUCGCGAUAAACAACAAGGUGCUUUUCAUGUUGUUAUUAUAUUUGCUUUAAUCGUCACGGAUUUGUUUACAGCGGUAUCAUUUCGUGACUGGAGAUUUGCAGACUGAUGAACUCAUUCGGUAUAUUAAUUCUUUCUGCAGAGCAACUUGCGAGGAAUUUACAAGAAUAUGAAGUAGUCAUUCCCGAGAUUAUUUCUGGUACUGCUUUGAUACAGAUUAGCGAGUUAAAAGAUGUCGUUGGGAGCGAAAGAUUGCAAGUGAAGAUCCGCGCUUUCGGAGAGGAAUUCCUGCUUGAUUUGAAGAAAAAUUACAGACUCGUAGAUUCCAAGUUCUCUAGUGAAAUACUGAAUAGUUUACAUUCAUCAGCGAAACGGAAUAUAUCCAGGAAUUGUUAUUAUAUCGGAAGAUUACGGUUUCGUUCGCAAUCCAGUGUUGCCCUAAGCGGAUGUCACGGGCUGGUAAGCGAUGAUAACGUUUCUUUGUUUAUUUCUCACGUUUGCCUUUGUUUACAAACUGUUUUCAUGUUGUAGCAGAUCCCGGGGAACUUAUCUUUGAUCUUCAUGGAUGAAAGGUUGAAAGACAUAUAUAUUUACUUCUCUAGUUACCAGGUCCAGACGAUUGCUCUAAAAGGUUAUCUCUGUAUCUUUGUUGUAACAGAUGGGACUUAUACAAACGAUGGACGAAGAUUAUUUCAUAGAACCUAUGGCCAAGGCGGAUAUCCAAUCCCAUUUGGUUUACAAGAGGUCUUCAUUGUUAGCAUCACUACCGCAAAGUUCACCCACCUCCCGGAAAUGUUCUCCAUCAGCUCCUUAUUCGCCAGGUAAACGAAGAAUAGGAUUAUUUUAAAUCUCUUAAAAUUAUUUCUAGGAUGACGCAGGUCCGAUUUAAUUUCACUGACUUGAACGGGAAGGCGAUGCAAUGCACUAAGCUAGGAGGGGGAUCCUAUGGAAGAUUCUUCCGAAAUCGCUCGGAUUAUGUUGCGCUACAGGAAAGGGGAUUAAGUACGUAGCAUCAGUUACCAUGACAGCAAGUGCGAAAUGUUAGCGAGUGCUUCAAGUUUCAAAGGAAUUCAAAUGAAUACAAAAACUGGAAACGAAACCAACAUGGCUGAUGCGCGUAGAGCAGUUGUUUUUUCAUUAAUAGAGGGAUUCAUCUACGACUCAAUGCUUGAAGCGAGCAGGCCCGAAGACUGAAGUUCAAAAUUUCCACCUAAUAAACAGCAAGGAAAGAAAAAAGCCAUGUUUGUACAAAAAGCAUUAAACAAUCUGCACGACAAUUUUAAUUGCCACGUAUUUGACUCGAUUAAAACGCUGACACUCCAGUUUUAUAUUAAAGCUAUAAUUGUAUUGGUCACAGCAACGUUCCCAUGGAGGCAGGCUGCUGCGCUCUGUCUGUCGACGAAAAAUAAGAAGGGAAAUAAUGUUAUGCAACAUCGAUAAAAAGGUUAUUAGUACAAAUUUGACAAAUAUGACGUAUCAUGUCUGUAAUUACUCAAAAACCCUACAUCAAUUAACAAAAUCAUGAUUCUAAUUAAAUGAAGGCGUUGUAAACUGAUCUAGCCACGUUUUAUCUUGCCGUCUGUAGCAACUUUAUUGAUUAUUAUUCAUUUUAGAGGACUUUCGAUCACUUGAAACUUAAUUUCACAUGGCAUUCUUUCCAUUCUUAAGAAAUGCAGGUGUGCAAAAUUGACCUGAUGAGCUGUGCAAUUUUAGUAAGAUCUCACUAAUUUUCGUGACACUAUCUUAUCAAUGUAAUUUGUGGAAUAGUUUCGUGCUUCGCGCUGAAAACAAGUUUAAAGCACGGAUUAAAGGCUAUUUAAAAUUAAUAACUAAUAAUAAACUUCUUGAUAAUAGUAGCUGUCACCAGAUAUUUUCCUCGUAAAUUAUACAAGAGUCUUUUGUUUCGACUUUAAAAAUGAUGGAGAAAUUGAUAUACGAUUCCAUUGUCAAGUAGUCAAUAAAAUCAUCAUUUUUAAUCAAAUGCAGUCAUGAACAAAUCACGUGCGUGAUACUCUGUCCAAAAGAGCUUUAACAGCCUCGUUAUGCAUUCUCUGUAAAAGCUCUAAGAAGGUAAAAUAGAGGAAAUUUUAAAGAGAUUUUAUCUGAGCCGGUUCAUGUUUCCUCUUUUCUCUGCUGUGACCAGUUAACGGAUCGGCCGUUAAACAGAUUUCCUCCAGUUGGUAUAAAAUCCCAACUUGCAAAGCCAAAUGGCCUGUCAGUCUUUUGAUUGUUCUUGUCUCGAGAGCUUGUUAAGCUUAAUCUCAGGAUUAUGAGGAAAUUCAGUGAUUUAAUUAAGUUCAUUUUAAUCUCUCAAACUGCUUAAAUUUGCACCCUUAAUGGAGUCCAUGCACAAAUUAUGGCUCACCCAAUUCUUGUUCCCUUCUUUCUCCGUUGUAACAAGUCAAAGCAGAGGCCAUAACAAAGAUUUACUUCCGUAGCAAUAAAACCCAAUAUUGUUUAGCUAAAUGGACCUGACAGUCCGUUAAUUUUUCGUGUCUUGAGAGUGUUACAAGUUUUAUCCAUGGAUUAUGAGGUUAAGUAUUGAAUAAAAAUCCUUCCCACCGGAGAAAGUUAAUUAAUUCCUCCUCAUAAUAUGAAUUUGGCAAACUGCAGGUUAACAAGAUUAAUGAGGUCUUUGCAAAACUUAAUCCUAUUUUUUAACAAUCUGGCAAUUUACCAGCUGAUUACCCAGAAAUAGAACAAAUUGAUCGUCGAAUACGAUGUCUCUUUGUCAAGAUUUAAUACUGUUGGCUCUUAAGGAAACUUUCUUUGUUUAAUCUUUUGUAACGUUUUUUUGAACCCGAUCAUGCACGACGUGUAAUGGCAUUUUAGUGAUUUUGAACGAAGUAACCAAAAGAUCCUUGAUACAGUCACAAUCUGUGGACAUUAAACAAAGAUGACACACAGAAAGGGUCUCCCAACAUAAUUGCCCCCAACGAUGCUUUUUCUGUUUGGUUCAUGACGGCUUUCUUUACCUCUCCCCUCUUCUAACUGAGCUCUGUCUGAUCGAAACUAUCAAAAUUCAUUCUUCUGGAUUUGUUAACAAAACAACUGCUCAAUUUCUUUAGCUCAUAGGAAUCUGAAACACGCUAAGAGGCAAUUUUGGCGGGAAUCAGUUCGCCUUCAGCGUCGUUCUUUGGAUGAUGAGGCCACUGUCCAGCUGUUGGUUGUUGUUGAUAGAGAAAUGAUAAAUUUCCAUGGCAACCAGUCCGUGGAGGAAUAUGUUUUAACCGUCAUGAAUAUGGUGAGAUAGACAUAUGCGCCAUUUGGCACGCUUGUUCGUUCUAGUUCGUUGGUUAUUAUUCAGUCAGUCGUUUUUAUUACUAUUAUUUUUAUCAUUAUUAUUAUCACUACCACUAUUAUUAUUAUUAUUAUUAUUAUUAUUAUUAUUAUUAUCAUUAUUAUGAUUAUGAUUAUGAAGAGAAAAUGAUGGGACCCGUUCUUUUCUCUUGGUUCUUUUGGAUGGAGACGAAGCCGAGGUAAAAAAAAAAUUAUCUUCUUGCAAACGGAAGAAAUUUUAGAAGUCAUCGUGGUUUUCAAAAUUUUGACUGACUUAGGUAUGUUUGUCUCCAAAACUGUCAGAAAAAAUAUUUUUUUAACUUAAUAUAGAAGAUGAAUGCGAAUGGCAUUGAGGACUUUGAGUUCUUUGAUAAAGUGGUGGUUUUCAAAUUGGCGCCGUAGAUGAUAUGAUGAAAAUAGUUUCUAUUUUUUAUUCUAAGGUGGCUGACCUGUACCGAGACCCAAGUAUUGGAGAAAAGAUAAAUAUUGAAGUAUCCAAGCUAAUACUUCUGUACAACAUGCCUGUAAGUAAGAAAGUGCAACAACACAACACAAUUUUAGUCGAACCUUCAAUAACGACCGCUUACCCAACACAGCAACUUUUUUCGUCCUGGGGAAGACAUUUUAAUUCACUCUUGUUUCAACCCUUCAAGAAGGGCCACUCGACGAACCCCUCAUAAGGUCAACGGCUAUUAAAGUAAGCUCCAAAAUAUGUGCAUUCUGUCUCUCCCACUUGAUAGUAGACUGGUGAAUGGUGAAGCACGACUUUCUUUGUCAGACAGUCUCGUACACACUAUUUCACUAGAGAAAAAAUGAAAUUUCAGAUGUGCUUAGAAGUUUUUUGGAACGUACCUCAAUAUUUGUUUCUCUCUUAUUAAUUUAUCAUGUUUGAUUAUGUUUGCAUCAACAUUCUAUACCAAGUAUUUUUGUGAGUGAAAAAGGUCUACCAUUCCUUAAAAGACUAUCCCCACUGUCUCCAACGUGGCCGUUGUAGAAAGAUUGGGCUGUUUUCAUUUCUUGUGUGUUGCUCUCUUUUUUUUUUUUUUUUUUUUGCUUUUAUCUUUUCCCUUUUGUGAGAAACAUUGCACAAUUUUUUACAAUCAGGCUGUCAGAAACCUUUUCAAAAUCUAAUUGUUUCGUUUUUUGCCUUUCUACUCGAUAGAAAGGCCUGUCAAUCACCCAUCAUGGAGACAGGACGCUGGAAAGUUUCUGUAAGUGGCAGCAAUGGAUUACUAAAGACACAUCCAAGGAAAACCCAAAAUAUGACGGGGCGGUGCUGUUAACUAGGUAUGUGUCCAACAACACCAACACAAUGUGACAGGCUGCAAAGACAACAAAAAAUGAUCCAAACUGUCGCGUCAUCCUUUGCUUUGUGGAAAUUUUAAGAAACGGUUCCAAAUAUUAACGAUGUGAAAAUUUUGGAGUAAUGAUCCACACACCCCUCCAAAGUAGAGAAAAUUGUACUCAAUAUGCAUUUCUGACAAAAAAAAUUACACUCAGAUUUUGAUUGGUUUCUACUUAUGAUCUAUCGGAGGAUAGACGCCGCUAUUAACAUUUUUUCUCUUCUUUGUUAUAUUACACAAAUAAAUUCCUUGUUGCCGUGGGUCUGUUAAUAAUAGAUCACGGAAGACUCAAAAUAUAUUGAAAACAUUAGUGACACACUCAGCUGCGCCUCAUGUGUCACGUUUUUGUUCUUACCACAUUUUGACGUCUCCUGUGAUCUAUCACUGAGCAGAAGUAAAAUAACAUGGAAUCUAUCUGUUAAAUCGAUCACCCACCCAACCCACCCACUCGUCUCCACCAUGCCCCGAAAGCCGACCCAAACGCAUUAAUGACGACUGUCUGACAUUCUUCUCCAUUUUAAUUCACAGGAAAGAUAUUUGCGCUAAACGUUUUUCCGCUUGUGACACCGUGGGUAGGUUAAAACUUUGUGUUUUUCUACCUCAGUGAACGGUUUGUUGUAGAAGCAUUUCUUUUGUUUACCACAGGUAUGGCAUUUCUGCAUGGAAUGUGCGACCCCAAAAAACGGUGCAGUGUCUCACAAGACAAUGGGCUAAAUGUUGCGUUUACAGUUGCACAUGAAAUCGGACACAAGUAAUUCACGUAUUGCUUUACUUAUUAUCACAGUUACUCUAUCAGUCGGUCAGUCAGUCAGUCUGUCAGUCAGUCAGUCAGUCAGUAAGUCAGUCAGUCGGUUAACCAGUCAGCUUGUCAGUCAGUCAAUCGGUCGGUCGGUCAGUCUGUCAGUCAGUCAGUCGGUCGGUCAGUCAGUCCGUUGUUCAGUCAGUCAUUCGGUUGAUGACUCAGUCAGUUCAUCAGGUGGUCAGUCAGUCAGUCACUUAUUCAGUCAAACAUUUUGUCAGUCUAUCAAUCAGUCAUAGAGGGGGUAAGUUUCUAAAGAAACUGUGAUGCUACGUCGGUGGGAGAGUAUAAUAGGGUGAAUGAUUCGAAUGAUUCGCUCUGACGAAGUGCUAGCGCUCGAAAAUUCAGCUUUGAAACUCUUUACGGUAGCCAAUUUACGUUAUUAACUCAGUUAUCAAUCAAUCAGUCAAUCGGUCAACCAAUGAGUCAUUUGGUCUGCAAAGCACAAAGCUCAUCAUCUUGUUUUGGGUCUCAAAAUAGUCUAGGUGCAUAUCAUGAUGGAGACGGAAACACGUGCCCAGACUCCGCAGGAUUAACACCUCACCUUAUGUCAUCGCGGUGGCUGGCAAGGAAUCGACGUGGAACAAUGAAGUGGUCAUGGUGCAGUAAAGCUUACAUCAAGUCCUUUCUCAAGUAAGAACCCGAGCGCUGAAGAACUUACAUCUAUAGCUAUUAUUUAUUUUCUCCAAAGACAACACUUUUCAGAAGGCUGAACAAGGACCGAAAGUGUGAAUGGAAAAUGAAACAACGUACAACGUUUUGAAAGACAAACAAUCCAGGAGCGGCCUUUUGUACAGAACAUUGUAUCAUUACUUUUUCACUGGACAUCGCUUUUUCGCCAGUUCUUAAUUGAGCCUGAUUUCCUUUCUCCAUUAGUUCUCAAGCCAGCAAGUGUUUGAGAAAUCACGCUAGGAAGAAACCAUUGCAGUUGCCAACAGAGGUGCCAGGAGUUGCAUUCACUGUAGACGAGCAGUGCAAGCAGCAAUAUGGAAACAGAGCCCGACACUGUCAAAAAUACAAGGUAUUUUAAGUCUCACGAGCCUAAUGGUCACUUGUCCCGUUUUUAUUAAAAUGAAGCACUAGGAAAUUUAGCUACCCUCCAACCCUCUCCAGAAUGGGAUACCAAGGUUAUCUCCCGUCUUGUCUUUACGCUCACUGAAAGUUUGCGAUACCCAUUUUAGAUGGAAAGAGGCACUGUGCAAGUAAAGUUAUUUGUUAGAGGAGAUAACAAGAAUCUUUCGAUCCAGUGUCCACUUUGUUAGAUACCUGCUGACUCAGCUGCCUGUAAAAGAGUUUUAUUUUCAUGAAGCCACUUACUAUAACUGGCGAAAUACUUGUCUAACUCUAUGGACCUGAAAGCAUUUUGGCUGAGGAAGACAAGGGCAUGAUACAUUUGGUAAUACAAGUUAAAAAAAGAUAAGGACGGAGAAAAAACAGUUAACUUCUUGACUUAGCUUCCAGAAAGGCGAGAGAUUCUUAAAACGUUUGGCCUUAUUAUUAUUAUUAUUAUUAUUAUUAUUAUUAUUAUUAUUGUUAUUAUCAUAGGCAGUAGUAGUAGCAAUCGUAAUAGUGGUAAUAGUAGUAUUUUGCUUUAAUUUUCUUUUUUCUUAUUUUCCUUAAUUUAAUGUUUCCCUUUCUUCAAUGACUGGGAGAUCGCUGCAAGAACGAGGGGAACUGGGGACGAAAUUUAUGACAGCGAACGAAAUCCAAGCUGGGUAGAUUCGUUGGCUUAAAACCUGAACAAUGAAAGAAGAGUCUCGUUUCAUAUUUAUUGAGGUUUUCUUUCAAUCGUUAAUCAGCCCUGUCAGUCAGGCAGGCAGGCAGGUGUAUUGGAUCGAUUCAACAUAACUGAUAAAAGAUGUAAAAUUAUAUUAAUUUCUUUUGUUCGUUGAGCCAAACGGGCAUUACCGAAGUCAGCUAAACAGCAGUUAAUUAUUUCUUUUUGGAAUUUGCGCGGCGCUGAGAAUUCACGGUUGUCACUAUUUGAAUUGAUAUAUUUUGAAAAGGAAAGAAGAUCGAAGGCUAAAAACAUUCAGUUCUUUAUUGUUUUAUUGUGCAGUCAAGUAAAUAUAAGGGUUACGUAGAUAUGCUUCACUAAGUUAAUGUUUUAAACAUGCAGACGGACCAAACAAUUAGCGUAAAUGAUCAAAGCAAAAAAAAAACCGAAAUAAAUUUAAAACUCACGAUAGUGCUUUUUAUUUACGAAUUACUUAAGAAAAACGUCUAGAAAUAUAAUAAAAUAUUAGUUAAACCUAAAAAACAGCUAAGAAUUCUAAUAUCGCUUGCUUUUUGAGAACUAUCGGUUUUCGUGUGCUUGUUGUUAACGAAUGAAUCAGGCAGUGAGCUUAUAUGGAGAGUUAAUAGAGAUGCACUUAGCUGUAGCCUUAAGUAAGGAUAUAUUCGUUCUAAAGAGCUAAGUUGGUUUUGUAUGUCCUCAAGAUAACAUUUGAUUGAGGAUGAUCUUUAUAUCAAUAUUUAAACAGCUGACGUUUAAGACAAUUUAAAAAAAAUUGCUAAAAGCGAAAACAAUACAAAAAACCGAAGAAAAGGAGAAGAAAAAGGGGAGAGAUGAGUUUCGAACUUGGAUUUAAAUGCCUUUAAAAAAACACGGCAAAAUCGAAAGACUUCUUUUUCAUAAUUUCACUGCAAUGGUCAGAAAUCCUCUUCUUUCCCCAGAGUUUGUUUUUAUCUAAAGAGUACCUGCCGUGAUCAAAACUACCUCUCAUCGUUGCCAUUCAUGUAGGUGAUGUUUGUCAUUAAAACUGUUUAAAAAAAAACGACUUUGGCAAAGUUGGCAUUAUUUAUCUAUAGUGAAAUUUUUGUGUUGUCUUGCAUUUCUCUGGGGAAACAGUUUGCAGGAGAAAAUUCAUUUGAAUCUCUGUUAUUUUUGUGUUUCCUUGCCUUUCUUUGGGGAAACAGUUUACUGGAGAAAAUUCGUUUGAAUCCCUGUCGAUAGUUCGAGCUUUGAAACGCGUAAAUGAGAGGAUUGCAAAAUGAAUUGGCGAUUAGAAGAAAGCGAACGGUUCUAUGAAUUAAAAACAGGCGAGGGCGGUCACUUGCAGCGGUCUCUUCGUCGAUAGUGGUUAAAUAUAUAAAGAAUAAAGAAAAUGGCAAAGUGCAAACGCAAAAUAGGAGCAUAACCCACAAAAGAAGCAUAAAGAGCUGUCUUUUUGAGCGAUGUUCUGCCGACACUUGAUUGCCUGAACCUUGCAAAGCUGCCGCACAUAUUGUAUGCGUGAUGAAAAAUCCACGGAAAAGUUCGAAGUAGCAGAAAAUUACUAGAACGGUUGGAACAAUUCCAAAGACAAUACUAGUAAACGUUAUAAAGCCUUCGUGAUGAGAAUAUUCGUCAACUCUCCAAGGUCGUUUGCACGGAUAGCCUGAGUGAGGAUUUGAGUCCACAGUAUUUGAUAACAAGUCAGGAACGCAGGACGAAACGGACAAUGUCCACAAUAAAGCAACUACGUAAGGAAGUUGUUUUUUAGUCAGUCUUAAACCAGUUUCAAAGGGUCUGACAAGUGCCAAGUAUCUCUCCACGGCUAUUGUGGUAACUGUCAAGGCAGCGGCGUUCAUCGUGAUCGGAAUAAAUGCAUUUCCCGCGAAGACUUUGCAGACAAAAUCUCCAAUUGUUUUGUCGAAAUGCACUUUGGUGAGAAGGUACUCGUAGCUACCCGGGCAUAGUAUCAACGUCAGUAGAUCGGCGAUUGCCAAAUUUAGCAGGAGAUAGUUUGUUGUGGUGUGCAUUGAAGGCGUCUUUCGAACAAUGGUGAUUAUCACACAGUUAGCGGGAAUGCCGAUGACAAUGAUCAAGGAGUACACGACUGCGAAAGCUACAUCGUGAUCAGGCAAAGAAAUUGAACUGUUGUCAAAAAGUACCGUGCUGUUAAAUGCCAUGGAAUAGUUUAAAAAGAAACGAUUCAGAAAAAACCUUACCACAAAUUCGUUAGUUUCGUAUUUUACUUGCUGAGUUGUAAUAUUGCUUUGAAGUAUACACUACGUCGGUAUUAAUAUUUCAUCACUGUGGCAAUUAUGCACGAACAUCCAAAGAAAAUUCAGGCUAUGCAGGGAAGUUGUAAGGACUAUGUUCCUGGUUUAGGUCCUUUACCAAGAAGACUUUUAGAUCAGUAUGGCACACUUCUGUUCCCUGUCAAGACACGACAGUAUUCUGCAAAGUCGUAAAUAGAUUAGCAUAUAAAAGCAGCACUCCAUUUAAUCAAAAAUGAUUUCCUAUUCUGCUCUCUUCCCCUUGUUGAGUGACUCAUGUACGUUAUUAACGUUUUAAUUGACAUCUUUUUCUUUGCUAGUGGUAGGUUUGAAAAAUGAUUAGUAUGCCUCUUGACUGUUAAUUCUCAUUUCCGCUUAACUUCUGAAGUUGAUGCUUUCUUUUUGUUGUGACGUAUUCAUCGAUUUUUCCUAUUUCGCUAAAGAGUAACUACCAUGACAGAUGUUGAAAAUUAUUGCCAAAAAAGUAUUUUUGCAUUGCAUGCUUACAACGAGGUAUCUCAAUUUUUUGCCUUUAAUUUUGUGAAGCGAAAAGUCUUCGUCUUAGCUGCACACAGUGAUGGAAAUCCACUGAAUAUUCAGCCUCAAGGACUUGCAGCUGAUGCAUGGCAAAAGCUAUUAAUACUGAUUUCAAAAUGAUGAGGAUCGUAAUGAGAGAGUCGUUUGACAGUUUUGUCAUGCACAUGCUGCUAUUCACUGCCUCCUUCGCUCCUUGGUUCUUGAAUUGGUUUUUCUCCUUCAUUAAGUUGCUUUGUUCUCCCAUCUGUUCUCUUGUACUCCCACCCACGUUCACCUGAAUGUCUAACAGUGGUUGAGAACAAAAUGUCAAAGGUAGCUCAGUCAAAUUGAGUUUGCCUUUUUUCUACCAAGACGGCCUGUUGUUUCCCAGGAUGCUCUUUGAGGGUUAUUGAAAUUUAUAUAGAAAUAUAAGAAAGAAGACGGCAAAUAACUCGGUUGUCAUAUUCAUUACGCAGGCUUUUUAAUAAAGAGUUGACUGUUUGGGCGAAUGAUUAAACAGGCCUCACAGGUCCCCAUUCAAACCAACUUGAAGCUGAACUGGGCCAGCUUAGUGAAAUAUUGCUGAUAAAUAAAAAAUUAAAUAAACUAAAACUAUCUUGUUUUUUUUAUCGUCUUUAAAUAUGUAAAUACAUAGCUAAGUUGUUGUAAAUACUGCUGCAAACAUUUCUCAUGUAAAAAAGGCGCGGGAACAUUUUGGACAAUUAUAAAGCUUCAUCGAGGGAGUCACAUAAUGAUUAUACUAUGUUACCCCUCGGUUUCUUUCUCGAUCCAGAUAAAUAAAUUUAGAUAGGUAAAUUUUAAUUGACUGACGUGCUGUGAAAAUUGUCGCAUUCGGGCAAGCAAACAUUGGGCUGUUACUUAGAUUGUUGCACCAAACUAUCCACCUUUUUCAGAAGUCAUAUCACAUGAUGACAUUUUAGAUAACCGCUGUGGGCUAGUUAUUUCAACUAAAGAGAGGGCAGAUAUCAUUCUUAAACUGUUUAUGAUGAUAGUUAUCAUUUCCUUUUGGGUAGUUUCGUGUUUGCCAACAACUUUGGUGCGAGAUCGAAGGAGAAAACUUGUGUAGAAGUAAACUGAAUCCUCCAGCGACAGGAACAGCUUGUGCACCUGGUAAGGUGGGUUAAUAACUCAUCACUUUUUGGUCGUUUUAAAAACUUCAUCAUACAAUAGAUGGUUUAAACCCGGCGGUAACAGAUAGUAGUAAAGCACCACCACCAACUGAGCCAAAUGCCCCUUCGUUAGGAACUUGCCUCCCCACAUGAUAGCGCUUGGUGUUUAAUUUCCUCCGGAUUCGUCGUUUAAACCAAAAGAUACCAUAAACUGCCUUUCUUCUCAUGGGCCUUUAAAAGACACGAACCUAUUUCUUGUUUCAAAAGCGCGCAACUCUCGUAUCUAUUAAACCACACAAAAUAUUCAACGGCUUCUUGUGCAAGUUGUUCAUUUCCACGCGACGUGUUACUAAUAACUUUUAUGGUUUUAUUGUCGUAGUGGUGUAUGUACGGCGAAUGUGUCGAUAACAAAGCUAUACCUUUGAAGAGAGACGGUGGGUGGGGUUCCUGGACGGAAUGGACCAAAUGUUCCCGAACCUGUGGCAUGGGCGUAAGUUCUCAAAAAAGAACUUGUGACUCACCAAGGUAGGUAUCAUGUAUGGAAAAUUGUUUUCCAAUUCUGAAAACCGAUAUUUAGUAUUUUGGUGUAGAAGAACGGGACACCAAUUUUCGGUUAAAUGGAGGGUUGCUUCUUCAGGUGACAAAGCUGUAAGAUUUGGGUCGGGAUGAUGUUCAUCGUCAAACUGGAAAUAAUUGUAAAUGGCAUAAUAAAAUUAUCCGUGGACUGAAAGGUGCAGAUUUAUGUGACAAGUUCUACUGCGAAAACGAUUUAAACAAGCUCUAAAGUUUUAAACAAAACUUUUUGACCUCAAGGAUACGUUAAGCAUGCUAUCCUUUAAAGAAUUCACUCUGACGAAGGGUUAGAAUCUUCGAACGCUGGGAAAUUCACAAUAUUAACCUAGUUGAUAAAACCAAAUUAUUCUAUCAGUUAACGCCCUCAGAAGGAAGUGUGUCACCAUUUGAAUUUUGCUAAUUAGUUAGUGUUAAUUUUGUUUACGAUUUCUUUUCUAGUCCUUUAAACGGUGGUCGGUAUUGUGAGGGGGAGUCAAGGAAGUUUCGAACAUGUAAUUUAGAGGUACUUUUGACAUCCAAUAAGUUUAACGUAGUUUAAGGAUUAAGCGCCAAUUCUUUGAUUGAGCAAUAGUUAAACUGGAUCGAUAUAUACAUUUCUCGUGAUUUUAAUGAAACGUAUGACAAUUUGUUUAAUUAUUUCUGAUCAUUCAUUAUCUUAGAAACACCGUUGAGUUUUGCUUGAUGUUCCUGUCACUCAACAACUAGUCCAGAAAAAAAAAAAAAAAAAAAAAGGAAAAGAAAUGAAAAAUUCUUGUUUGAUAUUUGUAGCCUUCGAAGGAAAACAUUCAAACGCUUUUUAAAGAUAUUUUCAUGUUGCUGAAGUAUUUUCCAAUGUCGGGGAAAAGAUCAAAUGUUUUCUUAUGUUAUAGACAAUUUCUUGUAAACAGUAUUUGAAAUAAAAAACGAACAUUAGGUUUGUUCGAUCCAAAAAGGAAUACUUUAUAGAAAAUAAGGGGAAUUAUGCUCCAAGCUUCUUUAAGUGGCUUCUUCUGAAGCUUUCCACGAGCAUUUGCAAAAUGAUGAAUCAUUAUUAAUGUUUCAUGUAAGAAGAUAAACAAGGGCUUGUCUUAAUUAAGCCUGACUUAUUCAUGAGAACGAUGAGAAGGCCAAGAAAUAUUUCAAAAUCCCUUCUAUUAUGGACUCAGAGUUUCCUUCAAAGAUUUUGCUCUCAUAUUCAGAUUCUAAAGAGGUGUGUUCUUGCGACAGAUUCAACCCCAAAAGAAGCUUUAUCCAAUUAUAUACCCUAAGUGCGGUUGCCCAAAUAUAUUACUUUUAUUUUUCAGCCCUGUCCUCCGACAUCUAAGGAUUUCAGAACCUUGCAAUGUGAGUCGUUUAACGGCAUUAAAUAUAGAGGGGAGAAACAUGAAUGGGUUCCUGUGAUAAGUGAUGGUAAGUGCCUCUGUAGCCGCAACGGAGCAGAUCGUAUGUUAAAGAACACAUUAGCUUUGUUUCCUAAUUAUCCUAUGCAAUUGUUGAAAAAAGCUGCAGUUUAGUCUCUCAUAUGUACCAAAUACUUAUGGGAAUAAAUAGAGUAAUACUUGUAUUAUUCUGAACCAUUACUUUUAUUGACUUGUUUUGCGAGAGAGAAACUUCACGUAAACGCUACACUCGAAUCACUUUCAUAUAGAAUAAUCACUGCUUUUUAAAAUAGGUUACCGUAAGCGUACCAUACCAUGCAUACAGUUCGUACACUUUGGUCAUCAACAUCAUUAUUCAUGUCACUUCAUGAUCUUUAUUUUUCCCUCCAUAGGUCAGCCGUGUUCGUUAUUCUGUAAACCAAAGGAUCCACAGUAUCGUUUUUCAGCCAAACUCGCUUCUAAAGUCAUAGAUGGUACCUCAUGUAGUUCUGGGUCAAUUGACAUUUGUAUCGACGGCAGAUGCCAGGUAUCGUUAUUUGACCUUUGCCAUAUGGAAUAUCUUGAGUCAGAAAUAUUGAGAAGGCGUAGGAGAAAGGUGGUGAUGGUUGCUUGCGCCUUUAUAAAGCUAUCAUCGAUAGCACUCUUCAAUAGAAUACGAAGUAUCGCACUUGUUUUUCCAAGGAACUUUCCCUCUUUCAUUUUUAUGUCCCUGAACUAUUGACGAGCGGGGACCCUUAUUACCUAUUUUGCUGAAGGAAAGUCUCUCACUUUCCCGAGAAAUCCAUUUCUCUAACAACUGACCAAGAAUCCUUUGUGUACUUUGUCCAAUAUCCCUUAGUUUUGCCACCUGUUAUUAAUAGUUGUGUCAUCUUCCUUAUCCAGGAUGUUGGCUGUGACUUCAAGAUAGGUUCAGGAGCACAGGAAGACAUAUGCGGUGUCUGUAAAGGAAACGGAACAACAUGUAGAACAGUAGAGGGCAGGUUUAACCAGCUGGCAGGAUCAGGUAACCCCGCAGAAAAAAAAAAAAAAAAAAAAAAACCUACGAGGAACUUAACUUUCGAGUUUUAAGCCAUGGCUGCUCUUUGCAUGUAAUGGGCUCCCGGUGAGGGUAAAGUGAUCAAAGUUUGAACCUUUGCUCCCUUCCUUCUCUAAACGCGGCGGAGGAGAUGCAUUUGCAACCCCAUGAAGUACCAGUUUUUUGGUGGUCAUGGGGGAGGGGGGAGGGAAGAGGGGGGAAGGCUCCUAAUCUCGUACCCAGAUCCUACCGUGUAAUUGGCCUUGGAAGAUCUGAGUUCGAGACUAGGAGGCUCGCACGCUAGAAUAGAGUUACUGCUCCAUCCAUUGGCGUAACAGAAACGCUUGAAGUUUCUUUCAGCAAAUUUUUACCAUUUUGUUUGCGUAAACCACCAUGGUGAUUAUGAAAGGCAGAUGCAAAUAUUUUAAAUAUUAUUAAAUAAAUUUUUGAACUUCGUAGUAGACCUCGCUUACCGUGAAGUCUCUGAGGCUCAGUGGUAGAGCAUAGGAGCGCGGAAUCCGAAGGUCUGAGGUUCGAUUCCUCAUGGGGACUCAGAAUUUUUUCUUUAUCCGUCGCUCGUGACUAGACGAACAGCAUCUUUCUUCAUUUUUUAAAUUAUUUCAACAUAACCUCCAUUAUGACUUUGUUGCUGUUCUUAUCUUAAAGCCAAGUAAUCUAUUUGAGUUCAAAAUAUUAACCCACCGAUGAUUACACUUCUUCGUUACAUCACACCUAAUUUUAUUUCUUCAGGCUAUGUGGAAGCUGCUGUUAUCCCUGAAGGAGCGAGAAGUAUAUCCAUCAGCGAAUCAAAACCAUGUACAAGUUUUUUAGGUGAGUUUGAAUUGUGGACCUAUCGAGAUGUCCAUGUAACAAAAGAUAAACCCUAUCAUGGUGAAGAACCAUGCUAUUGACAAAAAAAUGACAAAUGAAGAGUUAUUACAUGAAUGCAGUCCCCAGGAAGAUCUUUUUUACAUUAAGGUGACUUCUUUUUUAAUACACAUGCUGUAGCUCUGAGGGCAGACGCCGGAACUUAUUACAUUAACGGUAACUGGAGAAUUCAACUUCCUGGUGACGUAAAUGCAGAUGGAACGAUCUUUCGGUAUAUGCGCACAGGAACUUUGGAAAAAAUCGUGGCUCGUGGGCCCACAAAUGCUCCUUUACACAUUAUGGUGAGAAGCAAGUAUGCUGUAUUGAUGCCACUGGGGGAGGCGAAAAAAAAAGCUGUUUAUUUUAGCCAAUUUAAGUAUCAAAGAUGUGAUAAGUAUUGGAGACUGUAUUUUCCAUAAUGAAAAUGCUCCAAAGAGAAUCCUGGAAAAAUUAUCAGUAACAAAAUUAGUUAUAAUCCAGCAAGUCUUUUGGUUCGCAGGCGAUUAGUUUAAACGCUUCUCGCGACUCACUAUGCCUCGGCUAAACUGAGAAAUUUAAAAACGUUUUCGCUCCAAGCGCUAUUUAGAUAUCUUUAGAGUGAUGAACACCAUAUAGCUAAACUAAGAAAUUCAGUCAAUUUUUCACUCAAAUCGCUGCGUAAAUAUUUGAAAGAUGACGAACACAAGUUCCGUCAACGGUUUUCAAACAACUUUUCCCCAGGAUGAAUUCAGUUUUGCAGCUUUCAACAACUAACCUGCGUCGACAAACAUCUUAGCACAUUUUCGCGCCAAAUGGAGGCUUUUGGCACUUUGAUGAUUUGAUAAGUAGCAAAGAGACGUUGCGCACAUGUGCGACACAGAUUCAGUGGUAAUUUUUAGAUACUUCUUCUAAUCUCCAAAAACAAUUGUGACCUAAAUAUAACUUAGGAGGGAUUUAUUUUGAAUUAUUUCAUUCUGAAAAUUUGCUAACUGUUUCCUUCAUAAGGAACAGCAAACAAUUUGAAAAAGCCAAAUAUGUCGGUGUUUUUCAGGUUUUGUAUUAUGGAUUUAACCUUGGAGUGGAAUAUCGAUAUGCAGUGCCCCUCCACGAUAGCAAAAUGGACAAGGAAGAUGCAAAGAAACACCGAUUACUGUUCGACGCCUCAUACGGAUGGGUGCACGGAGGCUGGGGAAAGUGUAAUGUGCAUUGUGGAGGAGGUAAAAUCGAAAAAUGGAUGUUUUUAUCAUUUUGGUUCUAUCACUUGCAAUAACCAGUAAUUGAAAAUGCUUAGUCGAACAUUUUUCUCUCUUUGAAAAUCGUUUUCAGCGGUAAUUUCAAGAGUAUAGUGUUAGCCUUAGUACCAAGACAUCAAAACAGUUAACUCUGAACACAAAAUCAAAAGCAGCAUAUACUAUGGUUCAAUGAAACUGACAUUAUUCGUAGAAGUCUACCGCAAAGUAACAAUCUCUUUGGGGAUGUUACGCCUUAAUAAUCGCAUCCUCCAAUACACCAAAAUUUGUUUGAAAUUGUUACUAUGAGGCCAAGGCAUGUUACUAAUUGAUAAUUUAUCAAACUUACGAUAGUGUUGAACAAGGGCAACUUUGUUACUUGAUUUUGUCCGUCAUUUUUAACUCGUGAAUUGCGUGAAUGCGCAAGAGCGAGUUGUAGAUAUGAUGUGAAGAAUGGCGCUCGCUCGCUCGCUCGCUCGAUUGGUCGAUUCCUGUAAACAUUUUUUCGAUUUUAGGCUUUUGAGUGCAUUUGAUAGUUUUUGGCAAGUAAUAAACAAACGAAAUGGCGACCUUUGUUGCUAAGAAUAGUGGUGGGGUGAAAAAGAAGCCAAUGAUAAUCUUAAAAGAGUUUCUUGUUUUUCGUUUUAGUUUCAACAAGCGGCGCCAGCGACUGGUAGGCGUGCGAGGAUUCACACUGAAAUAAGAACAACCUUCGUUUUUCAUAGAAUUGUAAUUUAAAAACCUUGAACUUGAAAACAAUCCGAAGACUCAUUAAAAACAUCACUUACUCCGAAGCGCUCGGAGUUAACAGCUUUAAAAACUUUUUCUGUUAAGGCGUGAGACUAGAGGCAAAAUCGAUCGUUACAUUUCUUAUCGUGUGUUUUUUCUGUGUGAAGCAACAAAAGGUGCCGGCGACAGACGAAAUUACUGGUUAACACGAAAAUCAAAUAAAACCUUCACAAAUAAUUUUGGCUACUGAUUUUCAGUGAAUUUUUAAAGAACAAUUUUCUUUUAAGUUUCAAGACAAUUUGAAGAUUCAAAAUAAAUAUUGCGUACUAAAAUGCGAAAGUUAUACACCACAGGCCUUAAAUGAAAUUCUAUCUUGUUCUUGAUUGUACGUUGCCUAGCACGUGACCAAAAUCUACCCAGGCGGAAAUUUAAAAUGACGGUGGCAGUCUGGGCUUAGUUAUAUCACUCAAAACUCGUUCCCGUUUGUCUCAUUUGAUCAAGAGGGAAUCGUCAAUGAUUUCAUUAAGACAGUAUUGCCUUGAUUUUCCAAUAUUUACAAUGACCGACAGUAAAUUUCACUUUUCACCCUCAUUUACUUCCAAUCUUUUCUUUUGAACUAGAAACAAAAACGACAUAUGUUUUCAACACAUGACGUCAUCCACCCUUGUCAAAUGCAAUAGCAUGAUCACUUCAACUGUAAUGCCUUCUUAUCCCAACGUUACUUUGUUUCUAUGCCAUAUUAGCGAACAUUGAACUACUGCUCGUACUCUAAAUAAGACAAUCAACCACAAAUUUCCCUAAACCAGAUAACAUUAAACAUAAUCCAAAAAAUCAUGUGAGUCAUCUGUCAAUUCACGAGUUUGCACACAGAGCACUUUGAUUCUUAUCUUUGUGAAACAUUUCUUUGCGCCUAUAGACUUGUCUAAUUAUUCUGAUUAGUCUGUACAUUCUAUAGCUGCAAUUAUAGCUAAUUUUUCUAUACACUGUACGGGAUUUGCUGUCGUUUAAAAGUUUAAGGUUGACUUUCAGAUCUUCGUAAAUUUUGUCAAAGCUGUAAUUUUUUUUUCUUUUGUUUCAGGGAUUAGAAAAAGUUUGCGGGUAAAAUGCAUUCGCUUUUACCGUGGAAAUAUAUCCUCAGUCGAAGACGUCUUCUGCAAAGGGGCAACGAAACCACGGCAAGAGGAACGAGUCUGCAAUGUCCACCAGUGUCCAAUAUGGUGAGUGAGAUGGCUGUGUUGUAUUAUCACAUCACACAACAUACUGCUAAAUACAGAAAAUAAAAAUGAAAUAGUCAUUGAUUUCCUCCUUUCUAAUUGAAGUCGUUCUUCAUUAUUAAGUUCCUCUGGAGGAAAAACCAAGAAAGAAUAACUCUUCCUUUGUCUCCCACAUUUUACACAGAGUUGUCGCUUACUUGAAGAGACCAAAAGAAGUGGGUUGUUUCCAUCGCACGAAAAAAAAACUUAGUGAAAUAGAAAGUCAAACCGAUCAUUAUGGAAAAUUUGUCUUGCUUUCUGCGAUAGUUUGCUUUGUUUUACGUUUGAUAGGACGGUAGACCGUUGGUUCAUUUUUCAAUAUCUAGUUGGCCUUGUAAAUGUGUUAUACCACUUGGGUAUAUCCAUUGAAAACCUUCUAUAGCAGAAUAUAAGCAUUUCUUAAAACGAAGAGAAGUGCCGAAGAAAGGGUAGCUUGUGACUUUCCCUGCGCGGAUCAUUUGUGUUCUUGUUAUUUUCGAAGAUUUCUGUAAAUAUUCUGAGCAUCCCCGACAAUUGCGAUGUUGACCUUUGUUAUCCACUUACUCGCCAAUCUAAAAUUGAAAUUGGAAUUUUUCAAAAUUAAUUGAAGAUGCUUUAAAUUAGUUCCUGUCAAAAUUUCACACAGUGAUGAAAAGGAACUUGAGCUGUCAUUUUGUAGAACACAGAAAUUAAUUAAAGUGCCGUGGACUAAAUUUAGAUGUUUUUGUUUGCUGAAAAGUUCAACCUGUAUCCCUCCAGGCAAUUAAAUGAAGCUCAAAUCGCUUCAUUAAGAAUUAUUUCAAAAAGUAAUCAAGUUCGUGAAAAUUCCCUGUGGAUGGCAAUUGGUGAUUCACUAAGGGUUUUGAAUGAAUUGAUUUAAAAUCGGACCAUCCGUUGGUCUGUAAAAAACUUUUUUCUUCUCGCAGUCUUCAUGCAAGUCAAAUAAACCUGAGAACUCUCAUUUUCUUCUUUCGAGUAUGUAUACUUGACUCAUAUUCAAGCAUCGAAGAAGAUUGUGAUUCAGGCUCAUUACGCUCCUGGCGUAGCUUCUUACUGCGAAUGUUACGAGCCAAACUUAUGCUAUUUGCAACGAGAUAGAUAUAUCAAACCGAAAAAAAAAACAUCUCAUUGCAUGGAUUUUUUUUAAAAAAGUUAUUGAAAAAGAUAUCACUUCUCGUGGCGAACGUGGGACAAAACGAUUAGUCCAUCGAAGCCUGAAAAUCCGAAGAAUUGUGCUUCGGUUCGUCAUGUUGACUGAGACUUUUUUUCGUUGUUCCUUACACUUGACGUUACGAAUAUUAUCUUUCUUUUUCCUUCAGUCAUCUCAAAUUUAUUUCAUUUUCUGGGUCCUAUUGAGCAGAAGCACAAUUAAGAUCGAUAACGGAAAUGAAGUAGGGUUAGCUGUCGGGGUAUUUCCUCUUUGUGGGAGGUUCCCUCCCUAGGUAAAUAAUUUUUAAAGGUUUUCUGUAUUGUGGUAGGGAAACAUAAGGCUGCCGCAAGAACUUAAUAGAACAACGCAAACGCUGGUUGAUUUAGAAGAUUUUCUUCUUGAUUGCCUUAUUAAUUAUUUAGCAUGGCGGUUAUAAAAUCGUUUUUUCUAAUCUGUCUUCCGUUCAAGUGUGUUCAUUCACCGGCUACCGAAGACAAAAAGUUGACUCAAUUUUCGGUAUUGCCAUAGUUAUUCCAAACUCAUCAUAGUAUUGGCUUACAAUUUUCGCAGCUCGAAGAUAUCGCCAGAAAAUUUGCAAAAUAAUUAAGAUAUAGAAUAACAACGAAGACUUCCCUGCUCACUUACUUUUUGAUCAGUUUAAUGCAGUUCAGAAGGAUUUGCUAAGGAUAGAAGUAUGGAAAAAAUUAAUGCCGUAACUUAAAACAAAAGUGUCAAAGUCGUUAACAGUUACAUCCGAAAACAGAAAAGCAGAAGCAGCAGAAAGAGGGCAAAAUGCAUUUGAACACGGUCCCGACAAUGGCCGAAACGACUCGUGAGCCAUAUGUAAAUGUAACUUCUGAACAAGAAAACUCAACUCUCUCUUCGUUUACGAAAGGAGAGUUGGAAAGUGGUGCAAUCAUUCUCCUCAUUCAUUCACGAAAGGUAUCGGUAAUCUCUUUUUCCACAAUUCUAUCUAUGGCGGUGCUCUUAAUUUUGUUGGGAAUCUGUGUGAAUGGGGUCAUUUGCCUCAUAAUGUUUCGCGGCAGCCGCUACAAGAGGAACACUUCCAACUUCUUCAUCCUGCAUUUAUCAGUCACAGAAUUGAUUUUUCGCCUUCUUGUCUUCCCCCUGGUUGUUUAUUUUCUCGUUCCAGCAACCAUUGUUGAAAACAUUCAUUGUAAAGCACUGACCUUCGUUUCAACCGUCUUCACUUCUGCUACGUUUAUAAGUCUAGUCGCCAUUGCAAGGGACAGACACGAAAACAUCGUUCAUGCUAUGAAAGCCUGGACGAAGAAAUGCAAGAGGACAGGAUAUUGUUACCUCGUUCUUCCAGUCUGGUUAUACGCCUCAGUCAUAUCAAUACCGCUCGUGUUCAGUGUCAGAAGUCUCUACAUCAGCAAGACUCCAGAAGCCCAGAGUUUUGAUUGCCAGGAUUGCUCUGAGAAAAAGAUUUGUGAUAUUCCUAAAAAUGCAGUGGGUCGCCUGUCCACAACAGUGUACCUAACUUUUUCUUUUUUGUACCACUUAUCGUUAUUGUUUCGUUGUACACAAAAAUUUCGAUCUUCUUAUACAAAAGAAGUAAGGAUAAAGUCAUACACAAAGCUGCUGCUCGAUCAAGGUUGAAAGCUGUGCGCAUGCUCACUAUUCUCGUAUUGGGGUACAUACUUUCUCUAGGUCCUUCGGCUCUGUUUAAAGUGCUAAGAUCUUAUGGCUUUGUUAACAAUAUGUCUUUUUCUGACAUAUUAACUGUCACUUGGGUUCUAGAGUUUGAGACGUUGUUAAGUUCACUUUGGAACCCGAUCAUUUAUGUGUAUUACAAUACUGACUUUAAAAAAGAGAUACUGGAGUUGUUCUGUGGAAGUAGCGCUUUUAAAACCAAGAGACUGGUCAUUCCUGCAAAGUACCAUGAAGAUCGUUUUUAGAACAAAAUUACCAUCUAUUUUCAAAUCCGCUCGCCUUAUAUUUAAUUCACACGGGCGCAACUAAUUCAUUCACCUGCUGUCAGAACGGAAAUUGUACAUACAUUCUUUUAUUACCACGGAUGUCUUGUUUUAAUGGAUUUUCUAGACGAUUAUAUAUUGCAUAAACAUUAAUUUUAAUUGUAAAAUUUAUAUUACCUGUAAACAUUAAUUUUAUGCAACUGUAGUUUAACAUCAAUUUAAUGUAAUUGUACUCUGGGCUGCUAUUGAUAGCAGGACGACCCUGAGCCUUAAAAUUAAAUAUUGAUGUCUCUCUGUCUGAUAUACAAGUACAUAAUCUCGCACUGGGAAUGGUCUAGAAAACUGGUGUCACCCCGUCAGACAAAAAAAUAAAUAAAAUAAAAUAAAAAACAAAGCAAAAAAGGAUAAAUACAUGGUAUACUUGUGUUAUUCUGAAUUUGAUUAUUGGUCAUCUUGACACUGUCAAAUUGAAAUAAAGAGAUGUUCUCGUGAUAGUAUGCUUAAGUGAGAGUACAAAGCUAUUGAAAGGCCGCAGAGAUGAGACAAACGAGCGCGCACUACUUUCUUAAUGCAUGCCAAAGUUCCGAAAUGUUUACUUAACUAAGAGUCUUCGUUGGUUAAACGUUUCGAAUGGAAUCAAGAUAAUGUUCUCAUGAUGGUAUGCUUAAGUGAGAGUACAAAGCUAUUGAAAGGCCGCAAAGAUGGAACAUACGAGCGCGCACUACUUUCUUAAUGCAUGACAAAGUUCCGAAAUUCUUACUUAACUAAAAGCCUUCCUUGGUUGAACGCUUCGAAUGGAAUCAAGAUUCAUUAAACACCACAUUCACUGAUACGAAAGUGGCGCAAAGGCGGGAAUUAUUGCAGGGAAAAAGAGAGAAAAAACAAAAAAAGGUACAGCUCGACAUCGUUCAACAUCUUCAGUUGUGGUGCAUUUUUCAAGCCAGACAAUUUCAAUUCAGACUUCAAACGUGUAUUAUCAUUUUUUUUCCACAUCAUAUUUUCAAAUGAAUACUCAAAAUGUUGUCACUGCUUAUGAAGUUUUAGCCGCCUUUGAAUAAACGUCACCAUUGAAAUAACAGCUCCUUAAACUCGACUUCUUAAGUACACGUAGUUCUAGUAUACUUAAAUGAGUACAAAGCUAUUGAAAGGCCGCAAAGAUAGAACAUACGAGCGCGCACUACUUUCUUUAUGCAUGCCAAAGUUCCGAAAUUUUAACUUAACUGAAAGCCUUCCUUGGUUAAACACUUCGAAUGGAAAUAACAGGCCGAAAUAGAAAAUAAGUAAAUUCGUUAAACACCGCUGCUUGUACAUGCACAUGUACAUGUAUGAACUGCCCUUGAAUUACGAAAGAAAAAUGAAAGUAUAACUUAAAAAUAGUUGUCAUAAACAUACAAAGCAACCAAUAUGUUGUGAUAAACGUAAAUAAUCACAAAAAGGUAUUAAGCCUAAUGUUAUUAUAAAGUUUUAUCGUCUACUCAGAGACCAAUUAGCAUAUUUCCAUUAAAAUUUUCAGACAUCUAUUAGUUGCAGUUGAUUUAUUCGCUAACGAACUUUCAUCCUAUUAAAAAAUAGCACUACUAGUUGGCGUACAACACUAACAAUACGUACAACAAAGCAAUGCGAAACUAUCCAUAAUUGGAAACAAUUUCCAAACCAUGUCUUAGAUAGCGGGAUUUCUAUUUCAAAUUUUCACCUUGGUAAGUACAUACUGUGUUCAAAGUUGGCGUACGACAUAAACUACAUCGUUGAGCGGAAUGUUGAACUGCUGUUUAUGCAGCAAUAGCUAGAGGGUAAAGUUGCUAAAAAGCUGUAAAUUUGGGAGGUCCUUUUGGAAAAUAUCCAGUACCUGGAAACAGUUUUUAUAAUAAGUUUCAGCUGGCUUGAUUCUAGAACAGAACACUUGCAAAAUGGCCGAGGGAGAUACAGAAGGCCAAACCAAUUCUGGAUCAACAUUUUUGUUAAUCCGCUCGUACGACGAAGCGCGAAACCUCUUCGCUCUUUUUCUGACUAUCAAUUUAUUCCUCAUUCUGUUUGCAUUAAUUGUCAACGCGUCCAUAUGCUAUAUUAUGAUUCGUGGGAAACGGUACAAACGAAACAGGUCCAAUCUAUUUAUCACCCAUUUGUCCGUGAUGGAACUGAUAUAUCGCUUCCUUAUAUUUCCCUUGCUUGUCUACCUUGCUGUUCCAUCAUCAGGAAUACAGAGUUUCCAUUGUAAAGUUGCAUCUUUCUUUUCAAGUACCUCUGCAUCAGCCAUCUUCGUGAGUCUGGUUGCCAUCGCUGCAGAUAGAUACCACAACAUUCUUCAUCCCUUGGAGAACUUGAAAUCAAAACGGAAGCCCACUUUGCUCCUAUCUGCGGUUUGGGUGUAUUCUGCUGUUGUGUCAAUCCCAGUUGUCGUCAGUGCGAGAGCUGUUCCAGUUUUAGAGAUCCCCGAAGCUCGAGAAAUGACUUGCGACAAUUGUGCUCAUGAGAAGCUUUGUGAUAUCCCUCAAAACUCGCUGGGUCGAUCCUCCACCACAUUUUAUUUUCUUCUUGCAUUUUUUAUUCCACUGGCCGUCAUCUUUUGGCUUUACACGAAAGUAGCCAUCUUCCUUUAUCGCAGAGGCAAGAAUGGAAUGAUGCACAAAGUAAAGGCCAGGUCAAAAUCCAAAGCAGUACGAAUGCUCACAAUAACCGUUAUUGGAUAUGUGCUGUCUCUUGGUCCCUAUGUUGUUGUGGCAAUGCUCAGAUCCUACGGUAUUUUUAACGAAACUCCAUUUGGUAUCAUGUUUCUCAUUAAUGGGCUGGUCGAUUUUGCCUAUCAUACAAGUUCACUUGGAAAUCCGUUGAUUUAUUCGUAUUACAACGGAAAUUUUCGAAACGAAAUCGUCCGGCUUUGUUGUAGAAGUAAAGGUGGAGAGGUAGCUCCAUAUGCAGUGACAUUUGUUAAUUCACAAAUGAAUAACUAAUCACAUUUGCGUCUCUUUCUUUCUUAAGAAAGACAGCACUGAAUGAUUGGCACAGUUUCAUUAACCAGUUGAUGAGUUCUACAUUGUAAGGGUUGAAAACAUUUCCAACGAAUUAUGAAUUUGUAGGAAUUGUACCUUAUACCAGCCUGGGAAAUCACACGUGUCUACAUUGUUGAAGCUUUGCAUUAACUUUGCACUUGUCAUGAGUUUGAGAUAGCGGUUUGGGAUUAUUUAAUUUCGUAAAAAUUAUAACUUUAGUAAUGGCACUUAUUUUAGAUGCGCUCAAAUAGUCUAAUAUUGAUAUUUUUUUGUAAGAGGAGGCAAACAACUUUCAUUAUAAGCCAAACUAUUGGAUAUGGUUCUCAACGUCGAUGUAGGCGCCUCAUUAGUUUGUCGAACCAAUCAAUCAAAUCUUUAUUCAUAAGCUUUAAUUAACUUAUAAGAAUAUGAUAAGGAGCUACUGAGAUGACUUUAUUAUCGUAGAAGUUAACUGGCAAAUCCAAUAGAUUUUCAUCGGAAAGUCGACACAUUAACGGUUGGGGAGGUAGCAGACAAAAUAAGGAGCAUUGUUUCUGGUUUCAUAUUGUUAUUCAAGUGGAAAUGAUGAAAUACAUUUAACUCUACUUUUAUAAAACCUUCAUUCGGAUGUUUUAAAAGGAGCGGUAGAAAUUGAUUUUUUCAAGCCCCUACCUUUAAGUAGAGGUCAUUAAGAGGUCACAAUUUUAAUACGUAAUUGAAAAUUGUUAAAAACCAUAGAAACGAGUUUGCUAACAACAUUAGCAUUUUUAAAACGCCUCGGGAUGUAACUAAAGCUGCUGCACGUAGAUGACUGAUUUGCAGAUUAAGUAUAUCAUUCAUAGGUACAGAAACCUGCUAAUGGCGUUUGAUUUACAUGCUAAUGGAACUUUAUCUUCUGGAGGUGUAAUGUUCGAAGCUGACGUAGAACACAGAAAAAAAGAAACAGAGCAAUGAGUCGUUGAGCGGAAGAGUGAACUCUCAGGUACAAUAUCACGAGCUCUUACUUAUUGAGAAACUUUGAAGGAUCUCAUUAAACUGAAAACUACUCAUCAAUUGGAAACGAUUUAAUUUCCAAACAUUUUUCAGCUGGUUUGGUAUUGAAACUCAAGUUAUGUGUGAUGGCUGAGGAAGAUGCCAUGAGGAAUGACACGCAGUACAAGUUCGUUAAUCCGGGCUCAACACUUUCGCUGAUUCGCUCGUACCAAGAAGCGAGACACGUCUUCGCUAUUUCUCUGUCUUUAAAUUUACUCCUCAUUGUGUUGGGAAUAAUUGUGAAUGCGAUCAUAUGCUAUGUUAUGCUGCGUGGGAAACGCUAUAAGCGAAACAGUUCCAAUCUAUUUAUUACUCAUUUGUCGGUGGUUGAACUGGUUCAUCGCUUGCUUAUCUUUCCCAUUUUAAUUUCCUUCGCCAUUCCAGCGUCGGGAAUUCAAAGUUUCCAGUGUAAAGUUGUAUCAUUCUUUUCUCACGUCUCUGCAUCGGCCAUAUUUAUUAGUCUGGUUGCCAUUGCUGCUGAUAGAUAUCAAAACAUUGUCCAUCCAUUGGCAAACUUGAAAUCAAACAGAAAGCCCAGUUUGCUCCUAAUUGUGGUUUGGGUGUAUGCUACCGUCGUGUCAAUCCCAACUGUUUUCAGCGUAAAAGCCGUUCCAGCUUCAGAGAUUCCGGAGGCUAAAGGUAUGACCUGCGACGCCGAUUGUGCUGGCAAGAAGCUGUGUGAAAUCCCUCAAAACUCAUUGGGUCGAUUUUCAACCACUUUAUAUUUUCUUCUUGCAUUUGUUAUUCAACUUGUCGUCAUAUUUAUAUUUUACAACAAAAUAGCCAUCUUCCUGCAUAAUAGAGGCAAGAAUGGGAUGAUGCACAAAGUAGCGGUAAGAUCUACGUCCAAAGCAAUACGAAUGCUAAUAAUAACUGUAUUAGGAUACAUGAUUUCUCUCGGUCCUCGUGUUGUUGUGGCAGUAUUGAGAUCUUACGGCAUUUUUAACGGAACUUCAUUUGCGGCCAUGUUUUUAUUUCAUGCUUUGGUGGAUUUUGCGAGUUAUUCAAGCUCAAUGGGAAAUCCCCUGAUUUAUUCGUACUACAAUGGAGAUUUUCGAAAGGAAAUCGUCCGGGUUUGUCGCAGAAAAAAAAAAAAAAAAUUGCCUCAUAUGCAGUGACAUUUGUAAACUGUAACACAAACAACUAACUGAGUGAUUUCGAAUUUUUAGGUGGGAAAUAACUUACCAAGUUGUGUAAAUUGUAGACAGCAAUAGUAAAAUCUGAGUGGCUUACGCGCAAAAUUGGCUAUAAUGAAAUGUAUAUCGUGUACGUGCUUCUGUCAGGUUAACUUUAUGGUCAUUUUAAGUACUUAGCUGUACAAAUUUAAGAGAGAUUUAUUCCCUAUUUCUUGUCUUGAUUUAUCUCUCUUGUCUGGUUCAAUACGUUCGACAGCGAACGGCUCGCAGUGGGAGCUAAAUAUCACACUUUUGAGUUGGUUCAGCCUCAGGAACAAGACAAGUGGUAAUUAUAAGUCGCGCACAUACAGUUAGAAAGCGCGUAUCAUUUACUAUGAACCAAGUUAGAUUUAAAAUUCUCUUGUCAGCCCUUGAUACUGUUUGAAGAAACUUUGAGAUAUGCUGAAAACGUGUUGAGAAUUAUAAAUAUUCUGAGAGAUAACUGCUACCGAGGGCAGUGUUCACGAUAAUCGUGUAAAGCAGAGUCAAUUUUGCAUUAUGUGGGAUGACGGUAAUAUGAUCCGUCAAAUGCUGAAGGGCAAGCUGUGUUAAUGUGUGACAUGUUCGAAAUUAAACUGUGACUCUGUAAUAUAAGCAUGUUGUUAAGUUUCGAAAUUGUGACAUGGAAAAUCAUUUUAACCCCCAUUAGCUGCAUGGUAAAGUUUUGGAUUCAAUGACAGUAAAUGGAGUUUAAAAAUUUAAUUUUGUGCUCUUAGAUUUCAAAACAUUAUUUUAGUUAUUUAAGUCUCGCUUUUCGAUAGUUAUUUUACUUACUUGGAAAUCUUGCAAAUAAUCCCAGCUUUUAUAAAAAAAGCUUUUUCUUUGAUUAGGUUUUUAAAAUUUAAUUAUUUCCGUCGAAAGAUGAACAUUUAAUUGAACGUGGGCCUGUUUACUUUAUAAGGCCCACUAAUGGCAUAUAAAGUUAUGAAAUCUGCCCAGCAUUUUUCAGCUGUUGCUUAGUCACAGGGAAAUUUGCCGUAAAAAGGCCAUGAUGCGGUUUGCCUAGCCGUCUAGAAGGAAAAGCAUCAUUUGCCAAGAGACUUUCUGCCACGUAUGAGCAACAGCUACUAUGAUGUAGGCCAUAAGUUUUGUAACUUAAGACGUAGAUAUGUUUUAUAUGAUGACUUUCUAUCUAAUUUUGGUAAAAUGUGUUGACGCACAAUAUACAAUGUAAAUAGUCUUCGGCAAUCAGAUGGUGCACAGUAAAAAAUUAAUUAAAUUUUCACCGUAUGUUGUCAAGCUUACGCCCACAGAGAUAUACACCUGUACUGUAAGAUUUGAUAGUAACGUAUUUACAAUUUUUUUGUGACUAGGUUAUUUAACUUUGUACAUAAAUGCGCAUUUUUAACAUUAUUAAGGCUUCUCAUUCACUCAAAAGUUUCUUGCAGGUCUCUGUUAUAUCAAACAUGGCAGUCAAACUGAAUUAUCCCAUCCAAGCUUGAACCAUUUUUCCCAAUAAGUAUUACUGUAAAAAGUUCCCCGGAAAUCUCUGUUAUAUUAAACAUGGUAGUCAAAUUGCAUUUACCCCAUCCAAUCUUAAAUCAUUUUUCCCUAUGAGUAUAACUGUAAGAAAAUCAAACUUAACGAGAUAAAAAUUGAUCUCGUCCAGUAAUGAAUUUAAUGAAAACGUGAGCCUUCAUUUUGAUUGGUGAUUUGCCAUGAAUUGUAAGUUUCAUUUCCAGUUUUUGUUUAUUGUAUGACGUAAGCGGCUUUCAUCCUUUUCAUACAAAAGAUUUUAUUUGGACAGAUUAAAAAAAAACAUGAAAAUUUGAAGAAUCGAUAAAGUAGGUUGUUGAUCCUUCACGAUUUACUACGCAUUUAUCAGUCUUGCAGAUCAUUCUGUCGCUGGCCAACUGCUCUCCCUUCGCUCCGACUAAAAGCUAACACUCGCAUUCAUUCUUAAUGAAAUUAUUGCCGACGUAUCUACUCUGUUAGUUUAUGUUGCAAGAGAUUAUCUUUUGAAUUCUCGGUUUCAGGAUCGGAUUGAGAAGGGUGAAAAUAUUGCGUAACCAAACUAACUUUCAUCCGUCUUUCUUUCGACUGUCAGGUUGAGAAAUGAUGCUCCCCUGUAACUAACAAAACGAUAGCGCAAAUGACUCAAGUAGACAGGGAAACUCUUCUCAGCAUUCGCUCGUAUGAGGACGCAGUGAAUCUAUUUAUUAUUCAUUGGCUCUCGAUCCUCUUCUUGAUAGUUCUGGGAAUCAUUUUAAACGUCAGAAUUUGCAUGACCAUGGUGAGGAGGAAGCGUUACAAAAGAAACGCAUCAAACUUCUUUAUACUUCACCUGUGUUCAACAGAGUUGGUUUAUCGCCUGCUUGUCUUUCCUUUGACUAUUUACUUUGUCAUUCCGAGGUCCGCAACCAAACAAAUUCUCUGCAAGUUGGUAUUUUUCUUCUCAGGGACUUGGCGAUCGACUAUAUUUGGCAGCCUGGCUGCCAUAGCUAUCGAUAGAUACCAGCACGUUGUCCAUCAUUUCGAGUCUUUGAAAUCAACAAAGGGAAGUCGUACUCCUCUUGUCCUUAUGGCCUGGUUGUACGCUGCAUUGACAUCGUUUCCCUUGGCUAUAGGUGUUAAAAACGUGCCUGUCGUGAGCAUCUCUGAGGCCUAAAGUAUGGAAUUUAACAACUGCAUUGACAUAGCUCUUUGUAGCAUUCCACAAACCUCAUGCAACCAUGCUUAAUUUUUUUCUCGCGUUUGUUUUUCCAUUGGCUCUAUUAACUGCAUUGUACACUAAAAUGGCCAUCUUCUUGCAUAAACGAGUUAGCAAUGGAAUGAUACAUAUUUACUAUGGCCAGUUCUAGAGAAGUCAAAAUGAUCUUUCAUCAUAAUUUAUGACUUGAAGUCGUAAAGUGAGUGGUACAUCUUCCUUAGUACAAUUAUCAAGGUCCAAUUUUCAUAUGUGGCUUGAGUAAUGAAUGCUAUUGGCGUAGCUAAGUCUGAAAUUUGUUAAAAAUGGUAAGAUUGUUCAUCACAUUUUUCAGUUUUAUUUUUUCUGUAUUAAAAGUAACAAACUGUUCUUUCACGCGAAAUUGUGAAUGAAAUAUUUCGCAUGUUCACCUCAGCACGAACACUGCUGUUUGUAGAAAAAACUAUGCGAUUCAAUCUUUUCACGUGAUCCAUAAUGAUUUUAACUUAACAGGGAUUAAAAAGGAGUUAGUACAUUGUUUACAUACUAGCAUUUUAGGGUUUGAGGGUACAACACUGAUAGUGGUACGCUUCUCCUGUAUGAAAUAUGCCAUUAGUUAUUAGUGUAUCAAUUUUUUAUAUAAAGACGUCGACAAUCAAUAUUCUUGAUCCUCUGUAAAGCUCCUGCAAGAAGCGUUAUAUAAGAAUAAAUAUGGCCAAAAAGUGAACGCGUUCUAACUGAUAACGUAUGACAAGAGCGCUGAUGAAAUUCUUCUCUUACAGGUGGGCAGUGUCGCCCUGGAGACCCUGCUCUAAGACUUGUGGAAAGGGUCUCCAGUACCGCUCGGUUCGUUGCAUGCGUCAAACUACAAAUGGCACCACUGUGGAGAGCCCUAAUCAUUUGUGUCCCAGAGAUAAACCUUCUGGGGUCCAAAACUGCAUAAAGAAAGCGUGCCAUCUGAAUUGGGUGGUCGGUCCAUGGUCUCAUGUAAGUUCUAAUCGUAAGUAAGUUUUUGUAAAACAGCUGAAAUUCUCGCGAUCGCUUUCGCGAAAUGUUCACACACGAGUCAAAUUCGUAGCUGACACUUUACCUGACCGUUUGAAGUGACACAUGCCACAAACUGAUCAUAAACCAGCUUGCUGUGCAUACCACCUUACUUCUCUUUACUUUUUUUUUUCUUGUGGUAUCUCGCAGUGCCACGGUCUCUGCGGUGUUGGACACCGUGUGAGGAAUGUCCGCUGUCCAGUGGCUGGUAAGUGUGCACACGGGAAGAAACCGCCCAGCCGAAAAUUCUGCUCAAGAGAAUCGUGCUAUCAAUGGAUUAUUGGACGAUGGAGCAGUGUGAGUACCUCUAAGACUACAAUAUAGCCAUUCAAGGUUAAUAUAUAAGCACUUUAUCUAUUUCACCUCAACACCUACAAUUUCGUCAAAUCCCUAACGCUUACAGACAAUGACGUUUAAACUUUUCUAGAACCGGAAGAAAACCAAAUACGAAAAGAAAAACCGAAAGUUGUGUUUUUAGUGACUUUGGUAAUGACGUUUCUCACCGCUGAGAACGAUAAUCGAUUGCUGAAAGAUUUGCCACAGGCCGAUUUUGGUCGUGUACCUGAAAGACUUACUCUGUCGGAAAGGACAAAGUCAAUAACCGAGAAUUUUGUAUAUUGAAAAUUACGCCCAUUGUUUUUGUAAUGAUUCAAGGCAUUUUUUCAUCUUGAGCCUCAGCGCGAACGCGCUUUGGUGCUAAGGCUCAGCGCUAGCUAAUAUGUUUUUUUUAGGGGGGGGACGAUUAUGAAUAUUCCUAAUAAACGAAACUCUCUCCUGUUUCCUGUUCAUUUUUUUUUUAUCCCUGUUAUAUUUUUUUUGUCAGUGUUCCGCUGGUUGUGGUUCAGGAGUACAAAGACGGUCAGUGACUUGUUUGCACAGACUAACAAGGCGAGUCGGUGAAAAAUGCAGCGCAGACUCUAAACCAGCAUCACAAAGGCAGUGUAAAGUCAAGGAAUGCAAGAAAAUAGGUAUGUGUACGUAUUUAACCAUGCAUGGCAUAAAUUAAAGUAGUGUUUAUUGGACAGCUAUUGCUCCUUUAAAGCUGUAAGUCAUCUUCUACCAAUUUUGCAGAGAUUUGAGGUUUAACCGUGACUGGUCAUGAUUGCUCUAUCAAGCGGAGAUGUUAAUCGUCUAAAACCAAGGUGCCCCCCCUCCAAGAAGCUAAGGGGAACUCGAGCCAAUAUUUAUGACUUCUACUCGUGUUCAGCAUUAUUUGUUUCUCCAUUUAUCCACAAAAGGGAAGAGAAUAGCUAGAACAUAAAGGCGCCUUUGAAAUAACUGCGUUCUCUUAUUAAUUACUGUAAGGCUUUUACCGAAAAAAUGCGUUUUUAAAAAAUACUCACUGUUAUCUAACCGUGCCUUCAUCGAUGCAGUCAUUCGCCCCCUUAAAACCAUCAGCUUUCAAACGCUUUGUUUAACAUCAUCUCGAAUCUUGUGGGAAAAACGUCGAACGUAUUUUUAUUCAAUAUGAUUUUUUACCAGAUAUUGUGUUAGAGACAGUGUGUCACAGAGAUAAGUACUCCAGCAAGCAGUGCCGAGCAGUGCUGAGAUUUGACCUCUGCUCCACAAGGGGGUGGCUGGACCUCUGUUGUAAGACAUGUGAGGAUGCUGGUCGAAACUAAAUGUAGGUUUUUUAAACGCGUCAAUAGAAAGUCUGAUCUUGGAAGGGGGAUUCUGAGGGGAAAUUUGGGUAGUAGUUUGCAACUAAGACCCUUAAACUCAGAUUUUCUUUAGACAAAUCCCAUCAUUGCACCCUCCAGUCUAUAAAGAAACAAUUUUAUAUAUUGUGGCAUGUCCACCUUAUGAUGCCAAAUCCAUCCCUUUCAGAGGUGACCAAUAAGUGAUUUCUCCUUUUAAUAUCAGUCAAUUGCCACGCAGAAAGGUGACGGAAACAAACAAACAAAAAAAUGUCAAAAGCUAAAAUUAUUGGAAAGGAAUGGCGACCGUAAGGAGAACUUAUUUUAAGAAAUUGGCCUCAAGAGGGCCAAUAAACUUGCAAAAU